CCAACCCCGCAAAACCCCCCUCCAGCCCUGGACAACACGACGAGACCGCGGGACCGCUGCGUUUUCCCCGUUCACGCACGAGGAUCGAUCCAAUGUAUUAUUUACGACCGAAACUUCAGCAACUUAUCCACUGGAUAUGGCUCCCGGUGUGAGGAGUGGGCGGCGGACAGGUCACCCCAAAGUGUCGGCGGCGGCCGCGGUGGUGGUGGUGGUGGUAGCCGGAGGAGAGGAUGCCGGUGGACGCUCGGAUGCCGGAGGAGAGGGGAGGUGUUUGAGGUCCAGGUGGCGAGCCGGAGCAGCGGGGAUGCUCGGGAACUGUGUGCUGUCUGUGGGAAUGCUUUUACUUGUUGUCCGGUGCGCUGUGGCCGCAGAGGAAAAACCCACCUAUGAUGCCUCUGGCUCCUCAUCCUUACCAAGCGACCAUGUGGUCACAGCUGCUUCUGCACAUCCAUUGGCUGACUUGUCGGUGGCAGAGGAGGUGCCUUUCUCAGUCGUCCAUCCGGAUGGUGACUCGGACACUGAAGUGGAAGGUUUAUCAGGGCAGCCUGCCUUUUCUUCUGUCUUAACUGUCAUGGCAGGAACUGUCAAACAUCCAGUGAGCCUUGAUCAAAGUCGAACCUCACCGACUAUCACCAGGGACGAGACCCACACCACCCAAUGGCCUUUACAUAGUUCCAGCCAGGGCUCAGAGAUGUCCUCCUUUUCCUCGUCAUCAGUGGGAGAGAGGAUCCUCCCUGCCAGCUCAGAGGCAGGGACAGACGACUUGACCGCUGGAACAUCUCGAGCAGUUGCGCUCACUUUCCCCAAAGAAAAAGUGGCCAGUCUAGCCCCCUCUCAAUCAGUCAGAAUCACCCUUUCUGCUGGGCCCACCGAGAGGACAUCUCAGGUAUCACCUCUGCCCCCUCAACAGGACCCCAGAACGGCUUCUGUAGAGGUUACUACCACAACUGUAGCUUCAACCACCAAAACAAAAGAUCCCAUCUCUACCAUGCCUUCCCUCGGAGUCACCACACAGUCCACCACCACGACCACACCACAGCCCACACCUAUGACCAGGAGAGUGACCACCACAACCAUCAGAACUCAAACCAGCAGGAGAAUCUUCACACCACCUGUCCCCAGAACCGGCCCUCCCAAAGCAGCCACCACCAUCUUUAUUUCCCCUUUCACCACCACCACUGAAGCUCCACCUCAGCAGUGCAACAACACAGAGAGACUGUGGGUGAAGACAGUGGUGUCCAUCUAUGUGAGAAGAAACAGACUGGACAGCAUUCAGAGGCAGAACCUGCGAAGGGGACUCAGUCAGGGCCUCCGAAAGGCUCUGAAUGAUAGUUCAGCUCAGGCUCAGAAAGAUAAAGAAACCCCCUAG